GUGAGCUGCCCUGGCAGGCGGUCAUCUACUACAGGAACGGAACCUUCGUCUGUGGCGGCACCCUCAUCAGCGAGCGGCACGUGGUGACGGCCGCACACUGCCUCUCCUAUAUCCGCCCGACGGAGGUACUGGUCCGACUGGGCGAGUACCAGCUGUUCUCUGAGAGUGAGCCGCUGCCCUACCAGGACAUCGACGUCGCCGUCAUACACAUGAAUGAAGGUUUCCGCCAGGGCCCGCUGUUCGAGGAUGCGGCUGUGAUGGAGCUGUCCUCCCCCGCGGUGCUGGAUUCCCACGUGCAGCCCAUUUGUCUACCGAAACCGGGGCAGAACUUCAACGGACGUCGCUGCGUCGCGUCCGGGUGGGGCAAACAGGGCUUUGACGCCGGUGCUCCGUCCAUUCUGAAGAAGGUAGAACUUCCAGUCGUCAAUAGCGAGCUGUGUGAGUCCAGUCUGAAGGCCACCAGACUGGGCAGCUUCUUCAGACUCCACCGGAGCUUCGUCUGUGCCGGAGGAGAAAGUGGCAUCAAUGCCUGUCAGGGGGACGGCGGCGGCCCGCUUGCCUGUCUCGUGGACGGCUCGUACGUUCUGGCCGGCAUCACCUCCUGGUCGGUGGAGUGUGGCAGGCCCGACUCUCCUCCGGCCGUGUUUGCCAGCUCCGUCCACGUCCUCGACUUCAUCCAGAGGAGUAUUGGAGCUGCCAGUGCACCGAGCGGCAGCGACAGCAGCAUCCGCCGAGGGAACAGGCCCGACCGGAGCGCUACCUACGGCCGGUAGAGAGCAGCGCUAGUUAUGUACCUGUGUUUCAGAUGGCAGCACAUGCACCUGCCACCGAGGGCAUGUGCUGCGCUCGGGGAACGCUGUGUCGGGUGAAUGCUAUGUUGGAAGUCUGUCGGUGCUUCUAAUGAUGUGUUGCAAAUGGUGUCAGCGAAUAAUCAGGGAGGAAUAAAGGGUGCUUGUG